CCUCUGUUUUUUGAUCGGCCAUAUGCUUCCUCUGUCACUCGCUCCUUUUGGUAUUCCUAUCGCAGACAGAUGCCGUGAAAAGAAGGCUUUUAAGUUGCUGCUACCAUUCUAUUUGAUGUCCGCUACAAUUAUCUGCUCUGUUUGUUGCUGUCUCGGUUUUUUGUUUUUUUUUGUUUUUACAUAAAUAUUAUUUUCACCUCUGAUUUGAUAUGCUUGCUCAUCACAUUUUUUUUUUUUUUUUUUAAUUUGUUAGUAAAAUUGGUGUAUACCACUUAAAAGGGCGUUGAUCCAUCGGCUCGAACCUUGAUGGAACCGACUUUUUCUUCACUGCAGCGCCAAUGGUUUAGCUACAUGCCAUCAUCGUUAGCCGAUCAAUUUUUAUUGGAAAAACACUUAUUACUCCAAAAGGGUUAUGUGUUUUUGCUUUAUUUUUUUCUUUAUGAACUAAUCAGAAGUAAAUGGGAAUUGUUGGAUUUAUAUUAUUUUUGGAUCGAUACCCUUAUUGUUGUUUGUUACUUCCGUGAUCCGAAAAAGGAAAAGGAAAGGAAAGAAAAAGAUUGGUGUCAAAAGUUAAAUGAAAAGUUACAUGAGAUUUGGUUCAGAACUUCAGAAGGACUGGGUGGGGCGAUUCAUAUGACAGUCGUGGAGAGGAACAUUGAACGUCUGAAAGAUAAAGUGGAGACGCUCGUAACUGUGAGAGAUGAUUUGCAACUACAAGUGGAAGAGGCCGAGAAAAAUGGGGAAAUUAUUAACAGUGCUGUUGAGUCAUGGAUAAAUCGCGUGACUGCGGUUACUGCAGAAACAGAGAGACUCAUCCAUGAGAAACAGGAAUUUAAAAAAGGUUUUUUGGGACGGUCAUGGGAUUGGAAUGGAAAGUUGUUGCUGUGGAAGAAAGCAAAUGGGAUUGAAGACUUUGUGGAUGAGCUUCUAUGUCCAGCACCUUCUUACAAAAAUUUGUGUAAAAGGGCUGAGUCCAGAUUCCGGGGGGUAUAUUUUGGUCAUAUGGCAGUCGUGGAGAGGGACAUUGAACGUCUGAAAAAUCAACUGGAGACGCUCGUAACUGUGAGAGAUGAUUUGCAACUACAAGUGGAUGAGGCUGAGAAAAAUGGGGAAAUUAUUAACAGUGCUGUUAAGUCAUGGAUAAAUCGUGUGACUGCGAUUACUGCAAAAGAUACGACAGAGAGAAUCAUGGAUGAGAGUGAGGAAGUUGAAAAUGAUUAUUGGGAGAAUUGGAAUAGAAAGUUGUUGCUGUGGAAGAAAGCACAAGGGAUUCAAGUUAUUGUGGAUGUGCUUCUAUCUACGAGAACUUUUCACAGAGUAUCACACCCUGCACCUCUCGUGGGGAUGGUGUCUAUAGUACCCACGGGCAGUUUUGAGUUCAAUUCGCGAACGUCCACUAUGAAAGAGGUGAUGGAGGCACUUAGAGAUGAUGAGAUCAACAUCAUUGGAAUAUGUGGAAUGGGAGGUAUUGGCAAGACAACAAUGGUGAAAGAUGUCGCCAUUAGAACAAAAAAUGAAAAUCUAUUUGAUGAGAUUGUCAUGGCAGUAGUCUCUCAUAGUCCAGACUUGUGGAACAUUCAAGGUCAAAUAGCAGACAACUUGGGAUUUAGGUUGGGGGAAGAAACUUUAUUUGGAAGAGCAACUCGUCUGCGUCAGAGACUAGCAAAUGGUAAGAGAAUCCUUCUUGUCCUCGAUGAUGUUUGGGAAUGGCUCGAUCUUCAGGCCAUUGGGAUUCCUUUCUGGGGUGAGAAUAGGGGUUGCAAAGUUGUGUUGACGUCACGAAGCCUGGAUGUAUGCAUAGGAAUGGGAUCCCAAAAGAAUAUUGAAGUCAAAACCUUAGCAGGGGAAGAAGCAUGGCAUCUUUUUAAGGAGAUGGUUGGUGAUUCUGUUGUUGACACUCCUGAUAUGCAACCAAUAGCUGAACAGGUGGUAAAUGAAUGUGGUGGUUUACCACUUGCACUCGUUACUAUUGGAAGGGCACUAAAACAUAAAUCGAAUUCUGUUUGGACUGAUACACUUCGACAAUUAAGAAUGCCUGGUGGCAAAAGGACAUUAGGAGUGAAUGCAAUGGUUUACCAGGCACUAGAGCUAAGUUACAAUUAUUUACAGCAUGAGGAGGCCAAGUCUUUGUUCUUGCUAUGUUGUUUAUAUCCAGAAGAUUGUGAUAUUCAGAUUGAAGAUUUGGUUAGAUUGGGAAUGGGGCUAGAACUUUUUGAAGACAUCAAUGGAUUGGGAGAAGCAAGAGAUCGUGUACGUGCAUUGAUUGAUCAGCUAAAAAGCUGUUAUUUGUUAUUGGAUAGUGACAAGCAUAAAGAUGACUGUAUCAAAAUGCAUGAUGUAGUGCGUGAUGUUGGCAUAUCUAUUGCAUCUGAUUCCCGUGGGACGACUGUUUUUCUGAUACGACAUGGUGACAAUUUGAGAGGAUGGCCAAAGAAACAUACGUACGAAAAUUACACUUCCAUUUCAUUGAUGUCAGGGAAUAUCAUAGAGCUACCAGAAGGGUUAAGAUGUCCACGACUUAGGAUGCUAUUGUUAGCAUGCAUGAAUGAUUCACUAAGAAUACCAAACGGUUUUUUUGAUGGAAUGAGAGAAUUGCAAGUUUUAAAUUUGGAGCUUAUUUCCAUUCCAUUGCUGCCAUCAUCACUGCCAUUCAUGCGUAACUUGCAUACGAUUUGUCUUCAAGGUUGCAAGUUAGAUAACAUAACUCUAAUUGGCGAACUAUUGAAUCUGGAAAUCCUUAGCUUUCGUGAUUCCUCGGUCGAGGUUUUACCAGAAGAAAUAGGAAAACUUGCUAAAUUGAGGUUGUUAGAUCUAACAGGAUGUCAUCGUCUUGAAAGAAUAACACCGGGUGUCAUAUCAAGCCUAGUCCAAUUAGAGGAACUGUACAUGAUAGGCAGCUUUAGCAAUUGGGAAGCUGACAAAGGAGAAAGCAAAGAAGGAAGAAGAAAUGCAAGCCUGAGAGAGCUACAGUCCUUGUCCGAUUUGAAAAUAUUAGAGGUUUAUAUACCCAAUGCAGCGUUAUUGCCAAGAAACCCUCUCUUUGCAGAUCUGACAAAAUACAAGAUACGGAUAGGUGAUAAUGGCUGGUGGAGCGUGUUCCCAUUCCAAAAGCAUUUGUUAUUGAAACUUGACAAGAGUAUUGCUUUACAUGAUGGGGUUAGUAAGCUAUUGAAGUGUACUGAACUUCUAAGUUUAAGAGGGAAGGGCUCAAGGAAUGUGGUGCAUGAGUUUGUUCAAGAUGGUGUCCAGCACUUGAAGUAUUUAUCAAUUGAGUCUUGUGAUAUGCUUUUUUGUCUUGUUAAUACAACGGAUUUAUCACUUGAUUCCAGUGCUGCUAUUUUCCCUAUCUUGGAGUCAUUAAACCUUGAUGACUUGCGUAGGUUAAAAGAGAUAUGCUGCGGCCAACUUCCAGAAGGGUCCUUUGGGAAACUAAGAACAUUGACAUUACAACACUUACCUUCUUUGACGCAUUUCUUGGUGGAGGAUCCAGCUCAAACUACUGUCUCCCUCCAUAAUCUGAGAUCUGUUGAGUUAGAUCGCUGUAAUGGCUUGCAAAAUCUCUUUUCAUUGUCAAUGGCACGUGGGCUUGUGCAACUUCAAGAACUUCGCAUAUCGCAUUGUGAAAUGAUGAAAGAAGUUAUUUGGGAAGGAAGAGGAGAAGAUGGGCAUGCAACCAACAAGAUUGAAUUCCCCUGUUUAGAAUACAUGGCACUUAUACAACUAGCAGGCCUCACUAGUUUCAGCAGAGGAAUUGACCAGAUUGAGUUCCCUCAACUGAAGAAAUUGCACAUCAAAUGUCUACCAAAGGUCAAGAGUUUCUUUCCCAAUGAGAGUACACAACAUUCAGAUGAAAACUGCAAUGCUACCUUGGAAUCUAUUUUCCCCAAAGAGGUUGCAUUUCCUAGCUUGGAGGAAUUGGAAAUUGGUGGAUUGCUAAAUGCAAGUGACUUAUGGAGCAGUGAACUUUCGACCAGGUCAUUAUGUAAAUUAAGAUUCCUCAUGGUGGAAGACUGUCACAGAUUGGUAAAAAAUGUUGUUCCAGCUCAUUUAUUAGAAAUGUUACCCAAUCUAGAAAAAGUGGAAAUAUAUAACUGUGAUUUGGUGGAAGACGUAUUCGGAAUUGGAGGCCAGCACGGAUUUCCCCUUGAAAACAUACGAAUGCUAAUUGUCAGAUGUUGUGACAAAUUGAGAAAUCUGUUCUCUCCUUCCAUUGCUAGAGGUCUCGUGCAUCUCCAAGAACUAAUAAUAGAUGAUUGCUCAAUGAUGGAAGAAGUGGUUGCGAAUGAGGAUGGCGAACAUUCAGCAGGUGGUAGGAUUUACAGUACUCUGUUCCCUCAAUUGAAGCAUUUGGAACUCAGAGGUCUACCUUCACUUGGGAGAUUUUGCCAUGUUAUUCAUGACUGGGAAAUGCCAUUUUUAGAUCACAUGGCUGUCCUUAACUGUCCUAAAAUGCAGACUUACUCUCCUGGGUUUGUGCAUGCCCCAAACCUACAGUGUGUGAAAGUGGAAGAACAAAAUUGGUGGGAUUCAAAAGGAAAACGAGUAGAGUGCAUCUGGAUAGAUGAUCUCAAUAAGACCAUACAACACCUUUUUGAGAAGCAACAAGAAGAAGAAGAAGAAGAUGAGGAGUAGAAGGAGGAACAAUAACAAAUAGUAAGAAGGCUUGAGGAGGUGAUCAUGGAGCUUCCUUGGACCCUUUUUGUAUAUGUCAAAAACUCUCUUUGUUCAUGAAGACUUGGCUUGGCUUGGUGUCUUAUUUAUGCCAUGGCUUGUAUCAUGUUUUGAGACAUACUUAUGGUGAAUGUAUGUUUGUGUGUAUACCUUCUUUUGCGUAUGGUGGCCACGUUGUUACCACCUAGUCAUAGAUCUGAAUUCCACAGAGGCUGGGGUUCGGGUCGUGACAAUGUAUGUCUAUAAAAUUUUGCUCUUUUUUCUUUGGAAAAGCAGAACGGAUCUGUCUUAAGUCUUUACGAAUUGAACUUGUCUAUGGAUUGCUUUCAUUAUUGUUUCUUAAUA